AUGGACCCCGGAAUGGGCCUCACUACCACCCUUUUCAGACACAUGGUGGACGUGGACGGCGGUCAGGCUGCGGAGGAAGAUGCCGCCGGGGCCUCCGAAGCGAAAGCGCUGCAAGGGUUGGAAACUGGAAUUCGUGUGCUCGAGUUGGGGGUAGGAGGCGUCGUUGAGGUCGAGGUGUGGGCUAGGGACGUCGGGGAACCAGAAAGCGUUGUCCUUGAGAGUGGUUGCCCUGGACCAAGGUUAGUCUUGUCACACAAUGUGUCUCUCGGUCAUAUCCGCCAACACACGGGACAUCGCGAGAGCGUUCUCGAUGACCUGAGGGGAAAAACAUACGUCAAACCCAACUUCAACCGCCGCCAGUUCUUCCUCGCCACGGCCCAGCCUCGUAGUCACAGCCAUACCCUCAAGGUCACCCAUCCACCGGCUCGUGCCACCAUCCCUCGACACGACUUGUAUCGCCCUAAACCCCCUCAAGUCCGCCGCGAAAUUGAACCCGACAACGCCCGCCACCCUAACCACGACGGGGUUAUCCGAGUGCCACCCGAACGCGAGCUCCUCAUCGGCUGCAAUAAGCCGUAUCCCCGCAAUGUAACUCGCGUGGCCGAUUCGGACGUGCGACACAGCCACGCGCUUGAUCCCUCCAGGCACGGUGAAAUACCGCUUCUGCAAAAUCCGACAGCCUUCCUCGAUAGGCCUAUUCGGAGGAGAGGACUCCUCAUCAAGCCUCCCGGCAACCCUCAGCCAAGGCCGAGUAUCGCUCUCAGCCGCCUCGAGGGCCUGCGGAUCCGACGCCGCCGGGGUGUGCCAGCGCAGGGAGAGCAGGUCGCACAGGCUCCGGAUGCACCGCCAGGUGCUGAGCCUCUGCUUAUGCGUAGUCAGGUGGAUGGCGCUCUGGCAGCCCCAGGGGCACUGACACCCGCGGGUGGCGUGCCACAUCCACCGCCAAUCGGGCGGCGUGAGCGCGGCCCUGGCACGCUCCUUGGCCUCCAUGACCCAGCCGCGCUCGCCGUGCAGGCGGAACUUGACGGCCCAAAACUGCUGGCCGUGGAAGAUGGGCCAGAAGGCGCGGGACGCGAGCCGCAGCGUGAGGAAAUCCGGGGUGGACAGGUGCGCGGCGACGGCCUCGCAAAUCUCGGCGGGUAG